AGUGUAGUGGUGCCUUUUGUUGUCGUCGUUGUUAUUCCCUUCCGUUCUUCGAACACGCGCAACGCAGCUACAAAGCAUGUUGCGCGACCUCACACGUGCUGGACCCACUUCGGAGUUGAUGGCGACUCUCGACGUUGUGCAAACGACCGGUGAAGUUGCCAUUGUCUUUCCCUCGUCAAGCAUCGGCGAUCUGGAGACCAUCACGAAUGAGACCCUGCGACGUCAGCUGCGCAUCGCGGGGAUCCCGAGAGGCGGUUACACCAUUCUCCCUGCCAUCCCGCUCGACGAUGCCGAUCUCUUAAACCUGUGUCAGCAGUACUGCUUCUGCCACGAGGACGAAAAGGCGGAAAUUCGCGGAAAACUGUAUCUGCAGCACUUCCCGCUCUUUUAUCGGUAUAUAUCGAACGAGAAACCGCUGUACCACCCUGCCGAGUACGUGAGCCGCAUCAUCCAAUUCUGCUUCUACUACGUGCAGGCACCAGACAAUGAACUGCCCUCGCUGCCCGAACGGUGCCCCUUUCUACAUAUUUCGCCGGUGAAAGAGAUUUGCUCCUAUCUGCGCUGCGUAUUUCGUGGCACAACAGAGGUUGUACCGCAGGCGGACGCUGAGGACACCUUUUCUCAGUCUCGCAUGCAUGCACAGGAAGACGUCGAGAGAGUCAUGGAGAACAAGCCCGUCACUCCACCCCCAUUGCUUCAGCACCUCGUGGCAUCUCAUGCCGACACGGUCUUACGCUCUCCCGUCGCUCCCGACCGUCUUUUCCACGGCAGCGCCGUUGAAGACGAAGUCAACGAGGAUGAAGGCGGGGGCGAAGACGAGCAGCUGGAAGACCUCACCGGUGAGGAGACAGUCGACGCCGUCCGCGGCUCCACGGCGGAAUACCUCACCAUGGACGGUUUCGAUCUGGUGACCAAGACGGCCAUUUUUUUCGACUGCGACGGCGCCGACAAGCAGGUGGCGGCGGUGUACCUCCCUGGUAGUAUCCCGCAGGCCAUGUGCGAGGCGGCAGCAAAGGUGUUGGAGCCGGCGGCGACAAAAAAAAACCUGCGAGCCGCGACGAACGGCGGCGUCCCGCCCAACACGGGCAUUGUGGGCAGCUACGACUACCUUAACAACCCCACGCAGCGCAAGUGUCGUGAAACCGAAUUCAGCCGCCGACACUGGGGCGACAUGUCGAGCUGCGAGCCUCUAUUCAAGCACCUCGACAGGCUCUACAGCCAAAUGGCACCGAUGCACCACCACCUGCAAAAGGCGGCCAUCCCAACGCAGUACCAGCUCUCUGGAACGGUGUUCAGCACGGUUACCGUAAACCGCGACUUUCGCACAGCGGUGCACACCGAUAAGGGAGACUUCCGCAGUGGGUUGGGGGUACUCGCUGUCAUCAACGGCGAAUUCGAGGGCUGCCACCUGGCGAUCAAGAAGAUCCACAAAGCAUUUCGGCUCCAAAUGGGCGAUGUGCUUCUUUUCAACACAGCACUCGAGCACGGCAACACGGAGGUGGAAAACCCCGAAGCCGGCUGGAAGCGCACGAGUAUCGUGUGCUACCUGCGCACCGGUCUCAUGUCCGCGGUGUGUGAGAUGGAGCGGCGGAAGCACCUCAAUCGCCUCAUCUUGCAGCAGCUGAACAACGCCGCCGUUCGGCAGGCUGCAAUGAACAUCAAUGCCGGUGACCCCAGCCUUCCAUCCCUCUUUGUUCCGACCCGACUUGUUAGUCAGCUGGCACCGGUGCAGCUUGCCGCAAUUAGCUUCAUUGUCGAACGGGGAGUACGGCAGAGCGGCUGUGUGGUGGCGAUGACCAUGGGACUCGGCAAGACGCUCGUCGCACUCGUCGUGUGCUUCUCUCACCUGUAUCUCGCCCCGAAGAACGACAUUCUCAUUGUCACGCCAAAGGCGAUUCUUGAUCACUGGAUCGAGGAAAAGAACAAGUGGGCUUCGUUCGGCCUCCACUUCUCCCACUUCGUUACUUCCGAGAAUCCCAUGUCUCUCUCGUUUGAGGAGCAGCUUUUGGCGUACAAGAAGCAGAAAGAAAGGGAGAAGUCGAGGUUCGGCCACGUUUUUGUGAUUAACGUGGAGUAUUUGGGCAAUUUCCUGAAUCGUGUAAAAGGGUUCUGGCCGUCGAUUAUCAUCGUCGAUGAGGGACAUCGACUCGCCUCAAAGGAAAGCAAGCUCGUUAAGUCGCUGAAAGACCUUAAAUGCAGUCUUCAUAUUGCGCUCUCCGGCACUCCCUUGCAAAACAGCGCGACGGAGCUCUACGAUCUGGUGAACUUUGUGGAACCUAGAAUGGGGGACGUGAUGCCAUUGAAACGCUUUCAGGAACUACAAAAUGUCAUCAAUCGUUUCAUCGAAGGCGACGACAGCGCGUUCAGCGCCGCGGCCACGGCCCUGGAAUACGUCCAAGAGUGGAUGCGCGGCUUUGUUUUUCGAGAGAUGGAAAACGACCUGCCACCUCUACACGACUACCUGCUGGUGUGCGGUUCCUCAGAUCUGCAGAGAGAGUACGAAAGGAAAAUUGGUCUCUCCGAGACGUCAACGAAAUCGCUUAAUGCGGUGGAUUUCCGCCCAGCUCACCUCUCCACGCACCCGGCAUGCUACCUCGCGCACAUAGAAAAAGUUUAUCGCUCGAUGGCAGGUGAUCUCUCGGACCGCCCGCCCAACCGUGUUGUGAAGGUACUCGAGACGAACCUGGACGAGAUCGACACCAUGCGCCUGCAGCAGUUUGUGCAAAUGGUGGAUCACGAGCAGCUGGACAGCUUCAUCAAUCUCAGCGGAAAGAUGCGAGUGCUGGUGGAUAUUGUCAUGCGCGUGCAAGCGAAGGGGGAGAAGCUGAUCGUCUUCUCGCUCCACAUCGGGUCACAGGAUUUGAUUCAUCGAACUUUGACUGCGCUGCGCGUGACCACCUUCACGGUCCGCGGCCGCGACUCACAGGACCGUCGCCGUCGUGCCAUUCACGAGUUUAUGUCAAACGAUAAUCUGAUGGUUCUCGUGCUUUCCACCAAAAUCGCGGCCUACGGGCUGGACUUCACCGCGGCAAACCACGUCGUAUUGUUUGAUUCGUGGUGGAAUCCUCAGGUCGAUGCCCAGGCUAUAGGGCGGGCCUACCGCCGAAACCAAACGAAACCGGUGACAGUGUACCGCUUGAUAUCCGUCACGGAGAACAGGUCGAUCUUGCGCUCACAGACGCGGAAAGUUGCGCUGUUCCGGUCCAUUCUGCACGAGCGCAUAAGUCGCUCAGCGAUGGUACACGAAUUAGAAGACUGUACGGAGAGCGAGCAAGACGAAGAGCGCCGUGAGUUUUGGCGCAAGCUAAAGGCAACACAGCUCGCGGGUGCACUGCCAGCUUUACUUAACGUGUAUCGUUAUCAGGAACAUGUACGCGAAACCGUUGAAUAA